AUGGAGAUCUUGGUGAAGACUCUGACCGCUGAGCGAGACGAACUGGUCACCGAGGGCCACUCCGUCAAAACAGUGCCCAAUAGCAGCGUUCGCUUCGGACACUUCCCCUGCCCCGGCAGGGUCCCCUGGUUACCAGCGCACGAAGGGGCCAAAGCCAUGUGGAAGCGCGGGGAACCCGGCCUCCUCCCCGCUGCCUGCACCGUGGCGGCUGCACGUGGCGCAAGGCCCGGGCUCCGCCACCUCCGAGCCACAGACCCGAGGGUGGCAGUGCAGUUCCCAGCGCAGCCACCGCGCGCACCGCGCCCCGGGGACCUGCAGGCGGGAGCCAGGGUGCAGAGGGGCCGGGCGGUCAGCAGCGGCACCAGCCCCGCGGGCCGCAGCGCCUGGUCCCCGCCUGUCCUGUCCGCGCUGUGCCCGGGGCUGCCCUGGGGCCCUUGCGGGGUCCCGGGCUGGCGGCUCCAGAAGGGCUCUGGUGCGGGCCGCAGACACUUGGAGACAGUUGCAGAUUCCGUUCCGCACAGUCAUGUCCCGGCCUCCCCACCCCCGGGUCGUUUCCCGAAAAAGACAGCGCAGCCGGGCCAGCUCGCAGCAGGCGCCGCUGUCCGCUGUCCGGGCGCUGGGCUGCAGCUGCCCAGUGGCCUGCGCUCCUCAGCGAGCCCCUGGGCCUCCUCCUGGGCCGGGAGAGGGGCGAGGAGGGUCCGAAAUCAGAGCUCCACGCAAGUCACGCCAGCCCUGCGCCACUGGAGACAGAAAUCGCAAAACUCCACAGGGAACCCUGCUCCUUUGGCUUUGAGGGACACAGGAAGAGACAGAGGUGAACAGAUCUUGCUGAGGAUGGGGAGUCCGGGGCAGGCCUUCGGCUUCUCGGAGGUGGAGCCCUUGCAAGACCCGUGGCAAACCCUCCAGGGAGGGGCUCCAGCUGGCUGGACACUCACCGAGCAGCAUGGACUGCAAAGCCCUGGGGUAGGAGACUCAGGACAGCCCAAGGGCAGCCACCCUUCCUGACAGAAUCCCCAAGGUGACUAGGGGAUCUCGGGACAAAGCCAUCCUUCACAGUGACUGCGGAUGAUCUGAAUUCUCUGGCUGAAUUCUUGAGCCGUGCAGAGGAGGUGCUGCCUCUUCAAGCAGGACCUUUCCUAAGGGCCCAACUGUCUGGGGCACUUUGAAGCCUUUGUCCCAGCAGUGACCAGCUCCCCUUUACCCAGAGUUAAUGUGCUAAGGACUUAGCAGUACGCGUUGUGUGCGAUACUUAGAUAUAUAGCAUCUGCUUCUUCUCCAGGGCUCUCUCUGCACCCGAGAUCUGGUUCUGUGCUUGUCUGCUGGCUGUUCAUCUGGAAGUUGCUCGCUUAGGCCUCUGCUUCUAGUCUAGUGCCGCGUGUGAGGGGGGUGCCAUGCACACAGGAGGUGUGCAGCACACGCUGGCCACGUGAGUGACUUUGGGGGUGUCUCACCUGUCUCACAAAGCGCACAGGAGGACAUCACAUCAUCCCUGGCAGACUGAAGGGGAGGAGAAGGAACUGGCCGUGACCAGUACAUGCAUGUCUUGCCUGUGACCUGUUGCAGGCUGAAGCUUUACCUUCUCCCUCGCUUUCUUCCCUGUAGGGCCUGGAGGCACCAUGGGUCCUCCUGCUCAGCCUACCCACCCUGUGGGGUAGCCCUGCGCUCUCCACACCCCGAGGUCACAGGGUUGCUGGAGCGGGGCUUGCUGUCUGCUCUACCUUAGAUCACCUUAGAGUCAGGGCCAUCCAUGGCACGGCUGGGGGCCCCUUCCGUUCUGUUCUAGAUCACUUGCUAUGCCUGAGGUCAAUUAUUUAAUCCACAGUGCUAAGGACCAGCCCGCUGCCGCCUGUCACAUCUGCUGCAGCAAACACCUGAUGCCAGAACACACAGCGACGGGGCUGUGACUGUCCUCAGCAGCCUCACGGGAAAACCUCUGUCUUUAACCCAAGAGGAGGCGCUGUGGUCCCUGUGCGAGCUCUGUUCUCAGAUGUGGAAGGCAGCCUGUGACCCUGAGUGUGGCGAGCGGUCACCCUGGCCCAUCCCAGGCACCCCAGAGGCCGCCAAGCACUGGGGGGCGUGGGGUCCCUGGGAACCGUGCACUCCCCAGCAAGCAGCACAGCAGCCGCAGACUUUUGGGUGCACUUUAUUGGGGUAAGGCAGGUUCACAGGCUGUCGGGGAAGCACAGAGCACACGGCACACACACGCACUGCUGCAAACUGGCCCUGGGGGUACGGCUGUACACAGCGCUCCACAGUCAUGAACACGCGGACGAUACUAGGGCAGCCCCGCCGGGCCAGGCUGGGUAGGGGCGGCUAAGGCCGAGGCACUAGGACGGUGCGGCUCACAGGGACUUGGGCAGAGGACGGGGACCCUCUCUGCACACACACAUGGGUCUCUCAAAGAACACGGCGAGAUGUGUCUGGUGGUCCUUCCGGACGGAGCAGUGGACUGUCCCUCCGUGGUCAGGGCUGUAAAUAGCUGCUAAGCAGGCACUGCGCUGUCCCUGGGCAUGCAGCACUUCACAUGAGCAGCACGGGCGAGGGGACGCAGAUGCCUUGGAACUGCCGGCCACACGAGCUCCACUUCCAGGGGAGCUGAGGAAGGGGCGGGGGUGGUGGUGAUGGUGGUGGGUGUGCCACCGGCCUCCAUAGCAGCCGGCUGGGAGAGGCUGUGCUAAGAAUGUAUUCCGAAACUGAUUUCCAAAAGUCAGAUCACUUCUCUAAUGAAAAACGAACACUAAGAAUCUUCAGGGGAGUGAAAGGAGGAAACAGCAAAGGCACACAGGGGCUCAGGAAGAGGCUGGAUCUUCGGGUCCGGGCAGUACUGACCCGCUGUCAGCUCCCGGGGGCGGGGUGGGGACAGGAAUGCAGAGCCACGGGCCCUUGCGCUGCUGGCAGACUUUCCAGCUGAGUGGGAGCCUGGCGGGCCACGGGCAGUUCUGAGGCACUGACAGCACUUCUGGGCCCCCAGCCCCUGCGGCAGUCCCGGGUGUGAAGAGGAGGCGACACACUGUUCACGCCACAACUGAGCUACCGAGGAAGCGACUACACGGAGGGAGGGACGACUGGAUUGACAGACGGUGGGGUCGGUGCGGGCUCAGGGCGCUCCCGGGUUGAGGGCAAGGGCGUUGGUGCGGCAGGCAGGGCAGCUGCCAUGCCCCUUCAGCCACUGCUUGAAGCACUGGAAAAGAAGAAACCAGUCAGCACGGCCCCUGCACCGUCUGCUGACCCAGCAGGGAGCCAGCAAAGCGCCAGCGCUGGUCCUCCCAGUCUUGGCCUUCCCCGGCAGCCCUGGCUCCUCCGGGCCGGCCCGGAAGGUCUCCAGAGUAGCACUGGUCCCUGGCGGAGCACCCAGCACCGAGGGUCACUAUGGGGCCACCAGGCCCAGCCUUCUGCUCCCGCCCCAGCACCAGCCUCAAGCACAGGGAGCACCGGGGUGUGUGUGGUGUGUGUGUGGGGGGAGUCCCAGGAAACACCUGGCACGCGAGGGGGUGCGGUGAAGAACCCUUACCCCUUUGUGGAACUUGUGCCCGCAUUUGAGUGCACGCAUGUUUUUGGAUUUGAACACCUCGUGGCAGAUCUCACACUCGUUUGCUCGUGGUGCCUGUGGAAACAAAUGAAGAAUAAAGAUUAACUCUCUUCCUAUGGCAA